CGCAAAUAUUUGUCAUAAUGUCCGUCAUUUUUUCAAUCAACUAAAAAUUUCCAAUAUUCGCCUUAAAAUGUGACUAAAUCCAUUGCAAAGUUGUUAUUUUUAGGUAAGAACUAACCCCCAUAAAAAACAACAAUGUUUCAUAAAGCUGACAAUCAAAAAGUCAGCUUUUUGGAGCAAACAAAAGCUGCUAGAGAAGAAAGGGCUUUUGAAAAGAAGAGAGAAAAUGCGGCAAUUGUUAUACAGAGUCUCGUUAAGGGGUGGAUACAGAGGAAAAAGUUUUCCAAGAUAAUUAUUGAUGAUUUUGACAAUGCUGUACCCAAUGUGGACACUAAAAGUAGUGAAAAGACCAAGUUAAAACCUAGUUUGCAAAUAUACAUGCAAGUUAAGCGAUUGUUAAUUGUGUUUAACAAAGAAAGAGAUAGGGAGAGAUUCUUAAAACUAUGCCACUACUUAAUUGCAAGCUUAGAAGAGGAAACUUUAAAAUUCAACUAUGUAGGGGUGGCAUUUAAUAAAGAGUAUGUUAUACCAUGGAUAUCACAUAUGAAGGAAGUUUUGUGGAUAUGUAUGGAGUAUUUGGAUGAUCUCAAACCGGAAAUAUCCAGUGAUUAUGCGAAGGUGGUUUUGUUUUUGCAUGUUUUGGUGUCCUAUACAAGUACCAGUCAAUGGGGUAUUUUCAACAAGAGAAAAGAUAUGGAAGUGCUUAAAAGUGGAAUGAAUCAGAUGUGUAAUAAUCUUAUGGGACAGUUGUUUCAAAAAGGAUAUUACAGGAUAAUUAAAAAAUUGUUACUGAAAGGAUUGUGCAGAAACAGGGUACCAUUCACACAUGCAGCUUUGGCAGCUGUUUUGUCUUUAUCCCUAAGACCACUUAUAGCUGCAAAUUUUUCUGACAAGUUGAUGUCAAUGUAUUUAAUUCACAUCCUAUCCACUCCAGCUUUAAUAAAAUAUUGUUGUCAACUUUCUGAGGAGUCUGUUUUGCAAAUGAAAAGUAACAGAAUAUUUGGUAGGAGUUUAGAACUGCUUUCAAGUCAACAAUCAAUGAGAAUUGUUUUCAACACUUUAGAAGGAAAUUAUGCAUUGUGUUUGUUGGCGAAUAUUUUGCAACUUGCAAUGUUUGAAAAGGAUACCUCCUUAAGGGAUUUGAGUUUUCCAGCCUUUACUGUUGUUGUAACAGGUCUUUUGGAAAGUUGUCAAAAUUAUGUGGUAACAAAACAAUCAAACACAACACAUUGGCAUCCAGUUUUAGGUUGGUUUGCACAACCUAUGGACCAAUAUUUACACGCUUCUAUGAAUCUAAUUAAAGAACAAUUGUCAUUACUGUGGAAUAAUGAUAUUAUACAAAUUAUAUUGGGUAAUUAUUUGUCAGAGUUGGUGGCAGGUUCAGAACCUCCACAACCUGUGACAAGUCCAAGUAAUCCAAAUAACCUAUUUUUGAACUCAAACUUGUUCAAAAAAGUUUUGGAAGUCCGGGGGAACAGGGCCAAUGUUCAAAGAAGUUAUAGAGCCCUUGGUAGCCCUGAGGUGCACAGAAUAGUUUUAAUAUGUUCUCUGUACCACACAUCUUUAAAUACUUUAACGCAAUUGCAUUUGGAUAUUUUGACUGGUUUGUGUUAUCAAAAUACGAUUUUAUAUGAUUUGUGGCUGUUUAUUUGUUCUCUGGGGCCAAAUUGUGCUAUCAGGACUUUUUUGGAUCAUUUGGCUUUUAAUACCAAAGGCACAGCUCCUGAGUUUCAGUUGUUACAACUUUUCUGUGAUUGUAUGACACAUUAUGUAACUAUUUUAGAUGAUAUGGAAAUGUAUGAACAACAAAAACAGUUCCACUUAUCCGAUUUUAUCGUAAUGUCACAUUUUAUCAAUACAUUUUUGUAUAAGGCAGUAUUAGGAAACCUUUUUGAUUUAAAAACAAUUCAAUCCAACAACCUAUUUCAAAGCCUGCACCAACUGCUCAUGCUCCUCUACAGACGCGACUGCCGCCGAAACUACACGCCAGCCAAUCACUGGCUGAUAAAAGACAUCAAGGUGUCCAGUUUCAUAAGUGACUUAGAGAAAGGCAGGCGCGCCCCCCAGCUUCUUCUCCAGUCGAUGCCGCACGUCAUUCCGCACGAGGAUCGAGUCAGGCUUUUUAGGAAGUACAUAACCAACGAAAAGACUGUUUUAGGGUUAACGGAAUCGGCGUGCGCAUCGCCUCAGUCCACGCUUAUUACUGUACAUAGAUCUCGCAUAGUAGAAGACGGCUACAGGCAACUGGCCCUUUUGCCCCCUCAAGCUCUUAAGGGGGUGAUCCGCGUACGUUUCAUAAAUGAACAGGGACUCGACGAAGCCGGCAUCGACCAGGACGGCGUUUUCAAGGAAUUCUUGGAAGAGAACAUAAAACGAGUGUUUGACCCUGCACUCAACCUCUUCAAAGCGACAAGCGAAGAACGCCUUUACCCUUCUCCCACGUCUUACAUGCAAGACAAUCACUUGCAACUGUUCGAAUUCGUGGGCCGCAUGCUGGGCAAAGCGGUCUACGAAGGCAUCGUCGUGGACGUUCCUUUCGCCUCGUUUUUUCUGAGCAUGGUUUCCGGACAGACGGCAACCGCGCUUUACAGUUGCGUCGACGAGUUGCCUAGUCUGGAUCCGGACUUGUACCGGAGUUUAAGCUACAUUAAGCAUUACGACGGGGAUGUGUCCAAGUUGGAUUUGACGUUCAGUUCUGACGAGGAUAGUUUGGGGAAGAUUAUCACGCACGAGUUGAUACCUGGAGGGAGGGCUGUUCCUGUUACAAACGAGAAUAAGAUCAACUACAUUCACCUGAUGGCGCAUUUUCGUAUGCACAUACAAAUCAAGGAACAAACCACAGCAUUCAUACGAGGUUUUAGAUCCAUUAUUAAUCCUGAUUGGUUGACUCUUUUUUCCACACCUGAAUUGCAAAGACUAAUCUCGGGGGACAACGUUCCGCUGAACCUGAAAGAUUUGAGACGUUACACGCAGUAUUACGGAGGGUUCCACGAUUCCCACAGAGUUGUCGGUUGGUUGUGGGACAUCUUGGAGAAGGAUUUCACAGAAGAAGAGAAAGGGCAGUUUUUAAAGUUCGUCACCAGUUGCUCCAAGCCGCCUCUGUUGGGUUUCGAACAUUUGGAGCCGCCGUUUUCCAUCAGAUGCGUCGAAGUGGGCGACGACGAGGACACGGGCGACACGAUUGGAAGCGUUUUUCGUGGCUUCUUCACAAUAAGGAAAAAGGACCCCCAAAAUCGUCUACCGACAUCUUCGACAUGUUUUAACCUGUUGAAACUCCCAAAUUACCAGAAGAAAAGCACGUUAAGAGAAAAAUUACGUUAUGCUGUUACGUGCAACACGGGAUUCGAACUUUCGUAAAAGUGUCAAAAAACAAAUAAAAAAAUACAAUUUUUACUCAAACGCUGUAUAUUACGCAAUCUUUAUUAUAGUGCUGUCAAGGUACAGUCAAAGACUUUCAUCUAUGCUUGUUAUGGAAACACAGAAUUGCUUAUUUUAUUAUUCAAUUAUGUUUCCAUAACUCAAAUAAACUGCGAAGAUAGGCGCUCAUUUAUGAAUAAAACAAAUUUUGCGAUGAUUUUUAGAAAGUUAUGGAUUUGGUUCGAAAAUAUGGAUUUUGAUCAGGCUCAAAAUGCGUCUUUUUUGUAUAAAAUAAUUGUAUAUUGUGCGACUAGUGCAAGAAAGAGAAGAUUGCUCGACGGUGGAGUUUGCGGUAACACGCGAAUGAAAUCUCCAAUAGUCACACACAAUUUGUAUUUACUAUUGCAAGGCAUUUAGAGCCAAUGUUAUUUUAUCUGACAUUUGACAACAGAUUUAACAUUACUUUCGCAAACUAGAAACCAGCUGGUUGAAGUUCAUUAUUUCGCCCGCUCUCAGCAGAGCCAGGAAAUUACAUGCGUUAAAUAAAAAGUAUUUUGCAAUUUUAUUCCUUCGCAAUUUUUUAUUUUAGAUUUUUUUCUAUUAAAUCAAUUAUUUCAAAAAGGUUAAGUGCGACAUUACUUAAGUCUUUGACUGUACCUCUUUCAAUGAUUCAUUCACUUAAGGUAUAAAAUAAUAAAAUUUAAUAGCGGUGGUAUCUUAGACCAUAUUUUUAUUAUAUACCUAUUUAUCUUUAUAUUUAAUUUUUAUUACAUAACAUUUUUACUUAAAAUAAAACACAAAUGUCUUUUUGGACAAUAAAAAUAAGUCACUACCGAAUAUUUACGUUUUAUCUAUAAAUUAUUAUUUUAAAUAAGACAAUCACUGUUAACUUUUAAAGGGUGUCUAAGGUAGCCUAAGUGCGCAUUUUUCUGCGUAAUUUCGGACUUCUUAUAUUUGGAUGUAUUGAUUUAAAAGAUCAAAUAAAGGGGUAAGAAGCAAAAAGAUACGAGUGCAAAAAAGAGAAGUGGUUAACUGCGCACUUUUGGACUACUCAACCAUAUAUUUGGAUAACUUGCGUCAAAAUAUCAAUUUUUUUUAAAGCAAUACAAUAUUUUUGUACAUAUUUUUUUGGUGUCAAACAAAUGCCAUUUUGAUAAGUAUUAAACAUAUAGAGGAAUUUAUUUUACUCCAUAUCAAAUUUUUAAUAGCCUAU